GUUCCUGUUUCCGUCGAUUUCCUAUACAAAUUGCUCGUGCGUUUUGUCCCCUUUUAUUGUGAUGGUGGAGUAACACAGUCAGUAGUUUAAAAAUGUGCACCAGAAGUGUUUGAUAAAGAAAAAAUAGGCGGUAUGUUUUCAUAACUCACAGCUGGAAUAUGUGCAUGAGCUGCAGACAUGACAGGAUACCCUGAAUUCAUGCAAUUCCCCCCUUUCUGUGUUUCACUUUCAUUUUUCAAUGAUUUCUGCUGAAACUGCGCGCAGGGGACGAAGCGGUCCUGCCUCUGUUGUCACCAUGUUAGUGGCUCCUCUCCUGCUGGUGCUGUUCGUUCCCUUUUCUCCCUCAUCUGGAGCACAGUUACCAAAUCAAACCAAGGCCAAAGACCUCCCUAUUGCCACCAAUGGUCAGCCCUUCCCCUGGGACCGCAUGAGACUCCCCACAACCGUCACUCCACUCCACUAUGACCUGGCCAUACACCCCAAUCUGACCACCCUGGACUUCACUGGCGUUGUUCGUAUUGAGCUUGAUGUGCAUGAAGACACCAACACUGUGAUUCUCCAUGCCAAGCAAAUGCAGAUAUCCGAUGUGUUCCUCUUGGCACCUGAAGGCAUUAAGCGCCUUAAGGUGUUGGAGUAUCCUCGCUUCCAUCAGCUAGCCUUGCUGUCAGACUCAGUGCUCAUCAAAGGUAGGAAGUAUGAAGUUCAUCUGGCAUUUGCUGCCAACCUGUCUGACAGUUUCCAUGGUUUCUACAAGGGAAGCUACCGCACCAGCAGCGGGGAGGUCAGAGUCCUGGCGUCCACGCAGUUUGAAGCGACUUUUGCUCGUGGAGCCUUCCCCUGUUUUGACGAACCCGCCUUCAAAGCCAACUUCACCAUACGAAUUAUUCGAGAGCCACGCCACAUAGCCAUAUCCAACAUGCCAAUGGUUAAAACUGUGGAGUUGCCGGGUGGUUUGCUUGAGGAUCACUUUGACACCACUGUGAAAAUGAGCACCUACCUGGUUGCCUACAUUGUGUCGGACUUCAAGUCUGUGAGCAAGACGACCCAGCAUGGUGUCAAGAUUUCAAUCUAUGCUGUCCCUGAGAAGAUCGACCAGACAGCCUUUGCACUGGAUGCUGCUGUCAAGCUGCUGGACUUCUAUGAUGACUAUUUUGACAUUCCUUACCCACUUCCCAAACAAGACCUGGCAGCUAUUCCUGACUUCCAGUCAGGUGCGAUGGAGAACUGGGGUCUGACCACCUACAGAGAGACCGGCCUCCUCUUUGACCCUGAAAAGUCAUCAGCUUCAGACAAGCUGGGCAUCACCAAGGUCAUCGCCCAUGAACUUGCGCACCAGUGGUUUGGAAACCUGGUGACGAUGGAGUGGUGGAAUGACUUGUGGCUCAAUGAAGGUUUCGCCAAGUUCAUGGAGUUUAUUUCUCUCGACAUCACAUACCCAGAACUUCAUGUGGAUGAUUUCUUCUUGGCAAAAUGUUUCGAGGCUAUGGAAGUAGACUCCCUCAGCUCUUCCCACCCAGUCUCCACCCCUGUGGAAAAUCCCACACAGAUCCAGGAGAUGUUCGACGAUGUGUCAUAUGACAAGGGUGCAUGCAUUCUGAAUAUGUUGCGCGACUUCCUCACUCCUGAGGCUUUUGAGAUUGGCAUCGUCCGAUACCUGAAGCGCUACAGCUACCAAAACACUGUGAACAGCCACCUGUGGGAGAGCCUGACCAAUAUCUGCAGCUCAGAUGAUCUGGAUGAAGGUCGACUGAAACACACAGAAUUCUGCUCCAAACGCAAAACUCAGUCCGGAGCCUCGAAGUGGUACUCGGGUGAUGAGCUAGACGUCAGGGCCAUCAUGGACACCUGGACUCUGCAGGAAGGCUUCCCACUGGUCACGGUGGAGGUCAGAGGUCGGGAGGUCAGGCUCAGUCAGGAGCGUUACUUGAAGACAGACGACCCCUCCCCGAGUGAAGGAUUCCUGUGGCAGAUCCCGCUGACGUACAAGACCAGUGCCUCCAACACCGUCCACCGCUUUCUGCUUAAGACAAAGACUGAUGUCCUGUUCCUGCCAGAAGAGGUAGACUGGGUGAAGUUCAACGUGGACAUGAGUGGUUACUACAUGGUUCAUUAUGCAGGCGAGGGGUGGAACUCUAUUAUCAAGCUGUUGCAACACAAUCACACAGCCCUGAGCGGUAAUGACCGUGCCAACCUCAUCCACAAUGUCUUCCAGCUUGUCAGUAUAGAGAAGGUGAGGCUCGACACGGCUUUGGAGCUGUCGCUUUACCUGUCCAGAGAGACCAAGAUCAUGGCCGUGACUCAGGGCUUUGGAGAGCUUGUGCCGCUUUACAAACUGAUGGAAAAGAGAGACAUGAAGGUGCUGGAGAACCAGAUGAAGAGCUAUAUUGUAGAUUUGUUCCAGGAUUUGAUUGACCAGCAGGAAUGGAAUGACUCCGGCUCCGUGUCUCAGCGAGUGUUGAGAAGUUACCUGCUGCUGUUUUCCUGUGUCAGGAACUAUGCUCCCUGUGUGACAAAAGCCACCCAGCUCUUUAACCAGUGGAAGGACUCUGAUGGCACCAUGAGCCUUCCUGUUGAUAUCACCAUGGCUGUGUUUGUGAUUGGAGCUCGAACACCAGAGGGCUGGGAUUUCCUCUUUGAGAAGUACCGCCAUUCGCUGCAAAUGUCAGUCAAGAGCCGCAUGAAGACUGCCAUGGCUGUUAGCCCACUGCAGGACAAGCUCAAGUGGAUGAUGGAGCAGAGCCUCAUCGGUGAGAUAAUGAAGACUCAGGACCUCCCAGACGUAGUCGUCUCUGUCAGCAAGAACCCCCAUGGCUACCAGCUGGCCUGGGACUUCCUCAGAGCCAACUGGCACACUAUGAUCAAGAAGUUUGACCUCGGCUCCAGCACUAUAUCAUACUUGGUAACUGGGGUAACUAACCAGUACUCUACUAGAGAGAUGCUAGAUGAGUUUCCAGCACACCUGCUUUCCAAAAAGUUUCACAAUGAAGUUGAUUUUAAAGUUUAUAUGGGUUAA